CUCACUGAUCCGUUCCGUUUCAUCCUUUACACUAGCGGAUAGAUAAAGAGGAGAGAUCAAGAGAAAGUGGAAUACCAGGCUGACGCGGGGCUGGGGCUGGGGGAUUGCGAGAGAGAGAAAUGCUGCCUUCGGAAGAAGCCUCCAAAAUUUACCAUGACAACUACAUGCGAAACUCCAGCGCCAUCGGUCUCCUAUGGGCCAUAUUCACCGUUUGCCUGUCUAUUAUCAACGUAGUAGUCUUCAUCGAGCCUUACUGGAUUGGCGACAGCAUCAGUACUCCCCAUGCCGGCCACUUCGGCUUGUUCAAUUACUGCGUGGGAAACGGGGACUCCAACCCGGAGCUCUUGUGCCAGGGCAGCUUCUCCGACUUCGGCUCAAUCCCGUCUGGAGCCUUCAAGGCAGCCUCCUUCUUCGUGUUGAUGGCCAUGGUGCUCAUCGUCAGCUGCAUCGGCUGCUUUGCACUCUUCUUCUUCUGCAACACCGCCACGGUCUACAAGACGUGCGCGUGGAUGCAGCUGCUAUGCGCUGUGUGUCUCAUGCUUGGCUGUAUAAUCUUCCCGAAUGGUUGGGACACUGAGGUGAUUCGGGACAUGUGUGGCGAGGACACAGGAAGGUACACAUUGGGCAACUGUUCAGUUCGCUGGGCCUACAUCCUAGCUAUCAUUGGCAUCCUUGACUCCCUCAUCCUCUCCUUCCUGGCCUUCGUGUUGGGAAACCGGCAGCGCAACUUUUUGCAGAGAGAAGUGAAGGCCGACCAUAAAGAUUUUGCUGAUGUGUCAAGGGUCCAUCUUCGUCCUUCUCUGCGAAUGGAUGGAAUUGAAAUCCGGGAUGAGAGGGACCCAAUAUUUGUCAUCCAGCGGUUCCACUGAGACCCUUCCUUCCAGCUCCCAGCUCCUCCUUCCCCUCCUCUUUUCUUCUAAGUUGUUCAGGUUAAAACCAGAAAAAACAGGACUGAAUUGACACUGGCAAACUUUUUGAAGAAACGUUUUGUUACAACAAAGAAGUUACUGAUAAAUAUACAGAUGCUUGCAGUAUUCCUUAAAAUACAUAUUUCUAUUGAGUGGGUAAAAGCAAUUUCCAGAUUUAAAAAUGACACAAUAAUGUGCAUAUGUAAAAGCACACAGGUGUUCUUAUGUACAUAAGAACAAGGGAGAUUUCCUUUUUUACUACUAGAGUUUAGUUUUCUUUUUCAGGCUUUUGUUUGAUGCUUUUUUGUAUAUGAAAAGAUCUGAUCACAUCAGAGAAUGGACUUGAGGGUGCCCUGUGGUGUCUGGCAACAGAAUGUUGUUAGUGGGGGCCUUUAGGUCCUACGGGCUGAGGGAAGGGGCCUUGGGGGUCACCCUGCUGCCAUCAAGGAGUGUUAUUUCCAAUGUGUUUGGUUUUAAUGUUGUCGCAGAUCGGUGUAUCAGCCCCGCUGGCACCCCACCCACUCACCCAACAUUAAACAUCCAUGUAAGCUGUAAAAAUAGUAAAAACUUAAUUCAAUGUCAAAUCAAUGAUCACAAUCCGUUCUCUCAAAUCAUAUUUCAUUGAGAAAAGCUGAGAAUCUCCCUUUUUCUUUGCAUAAUUAUAAUACAGGAGUCUUUCCUAUAAUCUAAUUUGUGCUCAGUUCUGCCCUAGUGGAGUGAGUGUCCUUACAUUCUGUCCAUCCAUCACCUGAAGAGGCCCUGCAUGCUGCAUCUAUCUCAGGCACAAAGAUGAGGCUCAGAAUGGGACUCGUACUCUUGUUCAGUCUGCUGCACUAUCCAGGCCCACCAGCCGAACAAUUAAAGAAUUCGCAUCUAGAGGACAGACCCAGUACAUACUUUCAUCAAGAGUACAGACAUUGUGGACAGCUUGCUCCUGCUCCACACAGGACCUCUCUAUGGACAGACAUCCGCGCUUCAACUACAUGCAUCUUAAAUUUGCAUUGUCAUUAUGACUGGAAGGCAUAGCUGAAUGCCAAGGCGCAAAGAAGAAUGACCAUCAAGUUUUUCUUUUGUCAGUUCAGGCCCCUCUGAAAGAUACCUCUAACAAGAAGUCUUUUGUCACUUUAUCUUGUCAGUGUCACAAUUUUGUACAAACCAAAGACUUCAAGGGAAGGCAUGAGUCAAAAAGAAAAUGAAAUUAAUGACAUACUACUCUACUAUACUAUUCAUCUGUUGGAUGGAUGGAUAGAAGGCGCUCACUAUAUUUCACCCUCAUGGAGCUUGAGGUUUUAAUGCGCUCCUGUAGUGAGCUGGAGCACAUUUUAAGAAGAAAAGGAAACAUCGCUUCAGCUGCAAGGGAUAGACAACAGCCCUGGGAAAACAUCUUUGCUCGGCUUAAUGCGUAGACUACGUUUAGUUGUAGUCCUAUGUGAUCUGAAUAUGAAUAUUACAGAUAAAAAAUAUUAAUUAAUUAAAGCAUAAAUGGGUGGCACAGUAGCUUGGUGGUCAGCAGUGAUGCCGCCCAAGGUCCGGGUUCGAGUCCAUCUCGGACCUCUCUGGAUGGAGUUUGCUUGUUCUCCCUGUGUCUGCGUGGGUUUUCUCUGGGUACUCCAGUUUCCUCCUACCUCAAGACAUGCUCAUUAGGCUAAUUGGUAAGUUGAAUUGACCAUAGGUGUGAGUGCGAAUUGUUUUGUCUAUGUGUUGGCGAUAGACUGGCCACCUGUCCAGGGUGUGUCCCCCGUUUCGCCCGAUGUCAGCUGGGAUAGAUUCCAGCAACCCCUGCGAGAGGAGAAGCAGUAGAAGAUGAGAUGAGAUGAGAUGAGAUGAGAUGAGAUGAGAUAAACCUGAAAUUCAUUUAAUUUAGGUGCAAUCCUGCCAGCGUGUAAUGCACUUGGCAGUGGAUCAAGAUGUUCAGUCAGAACACUUGGGAUAAUGUCGUUCAUGUUAUACACGCUAAACGUGAAUCCUUCAUUGUGCAAUUGCGUCAUCAAUAUCAUCCUCGUAUAUUCUCAGUUACCAGUUCAGGAGCUAUAUAAACUCCAUCUCAUCAAAAAAUACAGAAGCUGGAUAAGGAAAUGAUGUACUUGAAACGCCAGAUCUUGAAUGCAGAUCUGAAAAAUGUGCAUGGCCACAGAUGAAUUGUGUAUUUUAUUGAAUGUAAAGUAAAUAACUUGCUUUUUAACUGUAGGAAAUAAAGAACACUGAAUGAAA